AUGAGUGACAUUCCAAAGUCAGCUGGGGCUGCGGCACCCGACGUCAGACCUGAAGAUUCUGCGAGCAACUGUGGUCGAAGUAUUACGAGCUCCGUGACUAGCACCAGGGCAAGGAGGAAUGCAGCUGCGAAAAAGGCUGCUCUGAUGGCUCAAGCUCAAUUGUUGCAGGAGCAACAGGCAUUGGAACUACAGACUUUGCAAUUACAGCAACGGAUGGCUGAGCUGAAGCUGAAAUCGAAGAUUGCUAGUGCUGAAGCAGAGGAGGAGGUGUAUAGAGCAUCUGAGGACAAAUCAGGAUUACCAGAUAAUCUCCCUUCAGGCAUUCAGCCAGCCAAUGAUGAUACCCUGCCAUAUCCUCGUCCUGACCCAUCAGAGUCGAUGAUGAAAAUAAUUCAUGAAGGUCAGCAGCAACAGAGAAGGCUGAUAGAAUCUGUCACACUACCUCAAGCUGAUUUGAUGAAAUACGAUGGCAACCCCUUGAGGUAUUGGGAAUUUUGGAGAGCCUUUGAAAACAGUGUGGACAAGACUACAGUGGAUGAUUCUGCUAAGCUGACACGCCUGUUUCAUUUCUGCACUGGUGAGGCUCAUAAGUUGCUACAAGCCUGCAUGGUAAUGGAUCCCACUGUUGGUUACAAGAAAGCCAAGCAGAUGUUGAAAGAACGAUUUGGCAAUCCUUACAAGAUAGCAGAUGCUUGGAUUCAGAGAGUUACUCAAGCUACAAAGAUUGAGCCCAACAAUAAGAAGGCUCUACAAGAUCUAGCAGAUGAACUUCAUAUUUGCAUUCAAACGCUAGAUGCUAUGGGCUAUAAGUCUGAGCUGUCACCCCAGAGUGUCAUCUUGCGGAUUGUCGAGAGACUUCCUUUCUUCUUAAGGGACCGAUGGUUAAAGGUGGUAGCCACUAUCAGGAAGCAAAACCGGCUGCCACAGAUUGAGGACCUUUUAUCCUUCAUACAGGAAACCUCAGCCCAACAGAAUGAUCCAGUAUAUGGACGACUGACUGAUCUGAAGCCUGGAUCCAAAGACCAGUGGAAAUCAUAUCCCAAGAAAACAUGGGACAAGAAGGCAUCUAAGACACAGGGUCAGAGAAGCUCGUACUCUACCUCUAGUAGUCCAGCUCCGGUCAACAUCAAGCCCUGUCUGAUCUGUCAAGAAAAACAUACACUUUUGGGCUGUGUUCGGUUCAAGAAAAUGCCACCAGAGAAGAGACUUCAGUUUGCUAAAGAGAACCGGUUAUGUUUUAACUGCCUUCGUCCUGGUCAUAUGUUGUCAGCCUGCAACUUGAACAGAACUUGUUCUGUUGAAGGUUGUGGAAGGAAGCAUACCAAGUUCCUCCAUCAGACGAAGAAGGCACCAUCAAGAGCACCUGACAAUCAAGUCGAAGAUCCCCCACAGAGUCAGGAAGGACAAUUAACAAGUGAUGGGGCCUCUAAUGGUUAUGUAGACAGUGAUGCUACAGGGGCCGGCAAGCGGAGUGUUCUUCCAAUUGUUCCAGUAAGAGUACAAAGUGAUGACAAGAAUUUUAUUCAAACGUAUGCUCUGUUGGAUAGUGGAUCAACCCAUUCAUUCUGUACAGAGGCACUAGCACAUCUUCUGGGAGCUAGAGAAAGAAGUCAUCGACUUCGCCUGACAACUAUGGGUAAGAAAGAUGAUCACAUUGACACAUCAGUGGUCAGCCUUGUGGUAGACUCUGGGCCAUCCACAGACCGGAUUUACCUUCCUCAUGUCUGCACUCGGAAGAGAUUGAACAUUAAGAAUUCUCACAUGGCCUGUAGGGAAGACAUCAUCAACCUGCCAUAUCUAAAAGGUAUUGAUAUCCCCUUGGCAGGGGAACAUGAAGUUGGCUUAUUGAUUGGUCAAGAUUCUCCAAGAGCACUGAUGCCCUUAGAAGUACGCAAAGGAGACAAGGGACCUUAUGCUGUUAGAACUGCUCUAGGGUGGUCACUUCAUGGCCCGAUUGCUUCAAGAGGGAGAUGUGAUGCCUCUACCAAUUUCAUUCAAGGAGACACCUCUCUUGAUGAGCAAGUCCAGAAGUUCUGGAAACUUGAAGAUGAGAAUUCCCUAUUCGAUGAUGAGAGAGGUAUGUCAUUUAACGACAGGAAAGCAGUCAACAUCUGGGAGAACACCAUCACUUUGGACAAUGGUCACUACCAACUAGCCAUACCUUUCAAGCAGCGCCCCCCUAGUCUUCAAGAUAACCGUUGUGUAGCUGAGCAUCGACUUCAGACUCUUGGAAGAAGGCUAAAAAGAGACACCCAUCUUCAUGAAAAAUACAAGGAAGGCAUAUCCGACCUUCUUCAGAAAGGCUAUGCAGAAGAGGUAUCUGAAUCGGAUGACCAAGCUCAAGCUGUUACCUGGUACAUUCCUCAUCAUCCGGUAUUCCACCCGAUGAAACCAGGAAAGGUUCGCAUAGUGUUUGACUGUGCUUCUAAGUAUAAGGGACAAUCACUAAAUGAUGUUGUACUCCAGGGUCCUGAUCUCACCAACAAAUUGAUCGGGGUUCUCCUACGUUUUCGACAAGAGAGAAUUGCCAUUAUCGCAGAUAUAGAGGCAAUGUUUCACCAGAUUAGAGUUCCCCCUGAAGAUCGAGAUGUACUCAGAUUUUUAUGGUGGCCUGGUGGAAACCUGGAAGAGACCCCCAAGGCAUUUAGGAUGUGUGUCCAUCUGUUCGGCGGCACAUGGAGCCCCAGUUGCUGUAAUUUCGCUAUGCGACGAACAGCUGAAGAUAAUCAUGGACAGUUUACUAGUGAUGCAGCAAAGGUGGUGCAAAGGAAUUUCUAUGUUGACGACUGCCUGGUGUCACUACAGGAUGAGGAAAAGGCUGUCAAACUUGCUGCAGAACUCAGAAUGUUACUUCAGAAGGGAGGAUUUCGUCUAGCUAAGUGGCUAAGUAACAACCCAAGAGUCCUUCAGACUAUCCCUUUGGAAGAUAGGGCAAAACAAGUAGCAGGACUUGAUCUUAAUCAUGAAGCCCUUCCUGUUGAACGUGCUCUGGGUAUGAGAUGGGACAUAGAGCAGGACUGCUUUACCUACAAGAUCAACCCAAAGGACAAGCCUUCAACUCGACGAGGAUUACUCAGUAUAGUAUCUUCAGUCUAUGAUCCCCUAGGAUAUGCCAGUCCAUGUGUGCUGCAAGCAAAGAUGAUCUUGCAAGAGCUAACAAGACAAAAGUUAGGCUGGGAUGAACCCAUUCCAGUUGAAGAGGCACAGAAAUGGAAGUCUUGGUUGGAUGAACUACCAGAGAUGGAAGAAUUUGAGGUGAACAGAUGUGUAAAGCCUCAUAACUUUGGUAAGGUAACAAAUUACCAACUCCAUAACUUUGCGGAUGCCUCAGAAGUUGCUUAUGGAGCUAUGACAUAUUUAAUGAUGACAAGUGAAGAUGGUCAAGUAUAUUGCAGUCUGCUAAUGGCCAAGACACGUCUUGCUCCACUGAAGAAGUCAACCAUACCACGACUUGAGUUAAUGGCUGCUACCCUAGCAACAAGGAUGGACACCAUGAUCAGGAGAGAACUGGACUUUCCUAUCACCAAGUCAACAUUUUGGACAGAUAGCAUGAUAGUUUUGAAUUACAUUCAAAACAAGGAUAAGAGGUUCCAUACCUUUGUAUCUAACAGGCUUGCUAUCAUUCAUAAUGCUACCGAGACGGAUCAAUGGUACCAUAUUGACUCGACCUUGAACCCAGCAGAUAUCCUUUCAAGGGGCAUGCCUGCAAGUCAAUUGAAGGAGAGUUCGAGAUGGCUUAACGGACCAGAAUUUCUUCAACAGCCACAAGAAUUCUGGCCUACGUUUCCAAGCGAGAAGCAAGGGAUUGAUGAUGAUGACCCGGAAGUAAAGAGGACAAAAGGAAUGCAUAAUUUUGCAUCAAGCUGUGAUCAUGAAGACUGCAUUGACAAACUAAUCACACACUUCUCGGAUUGGACCAGGCUAAGAAGGGCAAUUGCAUGGUGGCUUAGACUGAAGAAAGUUCUCCAAGGGAAAGUGACAAAGAUGACACCAAUCCAAGAUAAAGGCAAUACCUUAUCUGCCAAGGAAAUUGAAAGUGCUGAAAAGGUCAUUUUUCAGUAUGUACAGAGUCAUGCAUUCUCAGAGGAGUUGAGUGUCAUUAGAGAUUCAGGUAAUUCAGUCCCUAAAGUUACAAAAGGAUCACGACUGUACAAGCUAGACGCAGUUUACCAAGAUGGCCUGCUUCGAGUAGGAGGACGGUUAAGACAUGCAAUGAUACCUAGUGAAGCCAAACACCAAGUAAUAUUGCCCAAGAAGCAUCAUGUGACUUCACUUCUUGUGAGACACAUGCAUCACAGAGUUGGACACCAAGGACUGAAUCAUGUGUUGGCAGAGAUACGACAAAGAUAUUGGAUUCUUGGUGCUGGUGUUGUUGUAAGGAGCAUGUUAAAGAAAUGUGUUAACUGCCGCAAGUACCAGGCUAGACUCGGCAAGCAGAAGAUGUCAGAUCUCCCAUCAUUUAGACUUGAAGCUACCAAACCGGCCUUUACUAACGUAGGGAUGGACUAUUUCGGGCCAUUCGACAUUAAGUGUGGACGAUCAACAAGAAAAAGGUACGGAGUUGUCUUCACCUGUAUGACCAGUAGGGCAAUCCAUAUAGAGGUAGCCGAGAGUCUUGAGACGAGCUCGUGUAUCGAUGCCAUUCGUCGUAUGAUUAGCAGAAGAGGGCCUAUCAAGAAAUUGUUCUCAGACAAUGGCACCAAUUUAGUGGGAGCCCAGGCUGAACUGAAAAGAGCUCUAAAGGAAUGGAAUGAAGACGAAAUCCUGCAUUUCACUGCUAAUCAAGGAAUAGAGUGGACUUUCAACCCUCCCACUGCUUCACAUCAAGGUGGUGUGUGGGAAAGACAAAUUCGCACCAUCAGGAAAAUACUGCACGCUAUUCUGACUGAGCAGUAUUUAAGGACUUGUCAAUCUGAGGAACAGCUUCAUACACUGAUGUGCGAGGUCGAGGCAAUCAUUAACAGCAGGCCUCUCACACGAGUCUCUGAUGAUCCAGAUGAUCUGGAAGUAUUGACACCAAACAGUCUACUACAGUAG